AUGGCUAAAGCCACCUUCCCAACCGUGGACAAAUGCGCCUCAAUAGACCGGGAGCAGCACACGGUGGUCGCCAACAUGGAUGGCACAUUGCUUGGAGGCCGUAGCUCUUUCCCUUACUUCGCUCUUGUGGCCUUUGAGGUUGGCGUUCUGAGGCUCCUCUUCUUGCUCUUAGCUUCUCCGCUUGCCGGGUUUUUCUAUUACAUCGUCUCUGAAUCUGCGGGGAUCCAAAUCCUUAUCUUUGCGACAUUUGUCGGCAUGAGAGUGUCGGAUAUUGAGUCUAUAGCACGCGCUGUGCUGCCAAAAUUUUACUCUAACGAUUUACACCCAUUGACGUGGCGCGUGUUUUCUUCAUGCGGGCAGCGGUGCGUACUAACCGCAAACCCAAGAAUAAUGGUGGAAGCGUUUCUGAAAGAUUUCUUGGGAGCCGAUUCGGUUUUGGGCACCGAGAUAGGAACUUUUAAAGGUAGAGCCACCGGGUUUGUUCUUAAGCCUGGGGUGCUUGUAGGGAAGAACAAGGCAGAUGCUCUUAAGAAGGCCUUUGGAGAAACUCAACCAGAUAUUGGUCGUGGUGAUAGGGAAACUGAUGCUCCCUUUAUGUCAUUGUGCAAGGAGCGUUACAUAGUGGCACCAAAGCCAGAGGUGAAGGCGGUGACUAUUGACAACCUCCCCAAGCCCAUUAUUUUCCAUGAUGGCCGCCUCAUCCAAAAGCCCACUCCCAUCAGGGCGCUGCUCAUCAUUCUUUGGAUCCCCAUAGGCUUCCUGCUAGCUUGUUUGCGGAUAGUGGCUGGAGCCCUCCUCCCCAUGCCACUAGUCUACUACGCUUUCCGGGCACUCGGCGUCCGUGUCACCAUCAAAGGCACCCCUCCUCCCCCUGCUAGAAAGUCUACCGGCCAAUCUAGUGUCCUCUUCGUUUGCUCCCACCGAACCCUCCUCGACCCAAUCUUCCUCUCCACCGCCCUCGGGCGCCCCAUCCCUGCAGUCACCUACUCGGUCUCCCGGCUCUUUGAGGUCAUCUCACCCAUCAAGACAGUUCGGCUCAGUCGCGACCGCGCCUCAGACGCCGCCAUGAUCAAGAAACUCUUGGAAGAAGGCGACCUCACCAUGUGCCCAGAGGGCACAACUUGCCGCGAACCAUUUCUGUUAGGGUUCUCAGCUUUAUUCACCGAACUAAUGGACCAACUAGUGCCGGUGGCGAUGGUGAACCGGAUGAGUAUGUUUCACGGAACCACGGCUCGAGGGUGGAAAGGGAUGGACCCGUUUUACUUCUUCAUGAAUCCUAGCCCAGCAUAUGAAGUAACAUUUUUGAACAAGUUGCCGCUGGAGCUGACAUGCACUUCCGGGAAGUCUAGCCACGAGGUGGCAAAUUACAUACAAAGAGUGAUUGCCACUACUCUUUCCUAUGAGUGCACCAGCUUCACCAGGAGAGAUAAGUACCGGGCGCUCGCCGGAAACGAUGGAACUGUGGCUGAGAAACCUUUGCUACAGCCCAACAAAGUAAUGGGAUGCUAA